AUGCCAAACAACUCUAGUCCCAGCAGUAGCAAGAGGAGUUUUCUGGCCAGUGUGUCGUCGUCGAUACUGAGUCAUGGAGAUCCAGCCUGGGUUACAGCGCUGAAAACUAAGCAGAAGGAAAGGAAAUUGAGCAGCACCUUUCGGCUCAUGGCCAUGCGAGUUGUGAGUGCAUACAGAACCAUCUCGUUGGAAGAAGUAUGCUUUAUUACCGGAAUGAUCCCUAUCGGCAUCACCCUAGCGGAGGGUAGCGAGUGCUACAGGCGGAAAGAAGCCGCAAGAGUACAGAAAGAUAUGAGAGUCGUUGGCUAA